AUGUCAGAGAUCUAUUUUUCAAAGUUCAAUGUUACGAAGCAAGUGUUCUAUAAAUCUAAGCAUACUUACGCUGUGGUAAAUCUUAGGCCAUUGGUGCGUGGUCAUGUCUUAGUGGUUCCUUUGCGAACAAAUACCCCAAGAUUAUCAGACUUAUCCCCUGAGGAAUCCAUUGACUACAUGCAGGUGCUCCAAGUAAUUCAUAGAUUUAUUAUGCAUGUUUAUAAAGCAGAUUCACUUAAUAUAUCUAUCCAAGAUGGACCAGAGCUGGGUCAAUCAGUGCCUCACCUCCACACUCAUAUUUUGCCCAGAUAUAAAACAGAUGGUCAUGGUGAUGAACUUUAUGGUAAAAUAGAAGCUAUAGAUUUUGAGAAAUAUGCUGAAGAAUUUCAAAUUAGAAAGUCAAAUUUUUUAGCACUGGCUGCAAAAUUUAAAGAUCAAAUUCCAGAAGAUUCCCAGAGAUCUAACAGAACUGAGGAAGUCAUGCACAAGGAAGCUGAAUGGUUGGCUGAAGAACUUGAAAAAUUUCUUCCAACAUUAAAUCCAAAUGAUGUCGUUAUUCCAUAG